GCUGGAUUCUAGAACAAAUGUUUAUCGUAGUGGAAAAACUAUAGAUCUAUUGUUGUUCUUGUUUAUUAUUCUUUUUUUUAAAAAACCCAGAGUUUUUGCUUUUGAUCAUCACAGGGUUUCAAUGUUUAUAAAAUUCAAUGAUUGUUAAAAAAAGAUAGUUAUUUUUUUUUAUAAAUGGGUAAGCCUCAGUGUCGUGCACACAGAAGCACGGGAAAACGUAUACCUUUUGAUGGCUUAAUGAAAACCCAUGAUGUUACUCGAAUUGGGAAGCACAAGGAGUUUCCGUUAACUGCGGUUUUCACAAAAGCAACGACAAAGCCUAUUUUUUUGUGUUCUAUAGCAUAGCCACACGCGCGAGCACAACCUUUUUACACCAGUGUUUUUUUUUUUUUUUUCUUGAGACGAAAGCAUGCCCAAGAAGCAAGUGAAAAAGGGAGAACAAUCAGCUUCAUUAGCACCGUUUCCCAAGUUGGAACAAAAGCAGUAUUUGGAAAUGACUGAAUUAGAAGCACAACAGAUUUACGUGAUUCCUAAUUUCUUGCAUGGGAAAGAAUGCGAUGCACUGGUGCAAUACUUUGAAAAGAAUUUACCGCCGAAAGAAAAUGUGGAUAAACCUAAACGAGGAUACGCGUUUCGUAAUAAUGACAGACAAGCCUUGGAGGAUGCUGACCUCGCACAGGAGAUCUGGAAGGGGAUGGAAACAGUGGUGCAAGCGUCUGCAAUGGGAAACAUAAAAGUGCCAAAAGGCUUAAACUCUAAUAUUCGGGUUUACCGUUAUAGGAAGGGUCAUUCAUUUGGUGCGCAUUACGAUGAGAGUGUACAAGAUAAAGCGACCGGUUUAUGGACAGAUUGGACCUUACUGAUCUAUCUGAACCAAGAUAUGGUGGGUGGCGAAACCGUGUUUUAUAAGGAUUCUUCCUCCAAGAAUCGGAAACCGGCCCCUAUUGUUGUACAACCAGAAAAGGGUAUGGCUUUGCUGCAUCGUCACGGUCAGCACUGCUUGUUACAUGAAGCUAUGGAAGUGACUGAGGGAAGCAAAUGGGUCUUGAGAAGUGAUGUGCUAGUCUAAAGUUUAAAAAUAAUAAAAAAGUUAUAAAUAUAAUUUCUGAAACACUU